AUGAGUUUAUCUUCAAGAAGAGUAACAUUGCCUGCAGUUGUGCCAGUAACUCUGCAGAAACGGGUGAUUAAAGUAUAUAGUGAAGAUGAUACUAGCAGAGCUUUGGAAGUACCAAGUGAUAUAACAGCCAGGGAUGUGUGUCAGCUGUUGAUACUGAAAAACCACUAUGUUGAUGACCACAACUGGACUCUGUUUGAACAACUUACCCACACAGGUUUAGGAAGAGCUAUAGAGGACCAUGAGUUAGUGAUGGAAGUCCAGUCAAAUUGGGUAAUGGAAGAGGAAAACAAACUUUAUUUUAGAAAAAACUAUGCCAAGUAUGAGUUUUUUAAAAAUCCACUGAGCUUUUUUCCAGAUCAUAUGAUAUCUUUUCCAAGUGAGACCAAUGCAGCUGUAAGCUACUCUGGGAUAUUACAGAUGUUCUUAAGCUCCAGCACGUAUCCUGAGAUUCAUGGUUAUUUGCAUGCAAAGGAGCAGGGCAAAAAAUCGUGGAAAAAACUGUACUUUCUGUUGAGAAGAUCUGGCCUUUAUUUUUCCACUAAAGGUACAUCUAAGGAACCAAGGCACCUGCAGUUUUUCUGUGAAUUCAGCAAUAGUGAUAUGUACAUGUCUUUGACAGGCAAAAAGAUUUCUGGAGCACCAACAAACUAUGGAUUCUGCUUUAAGCCUAACAAAUCAGGAGGAAGCAGAGACCUGAAACAGCUCUGUGCAGAUGAUGAGCAAAGUAGGACCUGUUGGAUGACAGCAAUUAGGUUGCUUAAGUAUGGGAUGCAGCUGUAUCAGAAUUACAUGCAACCAUAUCAAGGUAGAAGUGGCUGCAGCCCUUUGAAUGUAACACCUAUGAGAAGCAUUUCAGAAAAUUCUUUAGUAGCAAUGGAUUUCUCAGGACGCAGAAGCAGAAUCAUAGAAAAUCCAGCAGAAGCCCUUUCAGUUGCAGUUGAAGAAGGAUUAGCAUGGCGGAGGAGAGGGUGUCUACGACUCAACUCACAUGGUAGUCCUAUUGCCAUGUCUAACAUGGCUAUACACAGAUCUCAGUCAUGGUUUCAUCAUAAAAUCUCUAGAGAAGAGGCUCAGAGACUUAUUUUGCAGCAUGGACUUGUAGAUGGGGUGUUCCUGGUACGUGAUAGCCAAAGUAACCCCAAAACAUUUGUAUUGUCAUUGAGUCAUGGAUUGAAAAUAAAGCAUUUUCAAAUUGUACCAUUAGAAGAUGAUGGGAAGCUAUUCUAUACCCUUGAUGAUGGUCAUACCAGAUUUACUGAUCUCAUCCAGCUAGUGGAAUUCUACCAACUUAACAAAGGAGUACUGCCUUGCAAGCUAAAACACUAUUGCGCACGAAUUGCUCUUUAA